AUGUUGAAUGUGAAAUUGGAACAACGCGUCAACGUGAAAUUCAUCAUGAAAUUGUUGAAAACCGGCUACGGAAACUUACGAUUUGUAAAGGAUUGUUUUUGGGGGAAAGUGAUUGAAGACGAUCCCCGUCCUGGUCGUCCUCGUGCAUCGAAAACAGGCGGUAACGUGGACAAAUUUCGUGACAUUAUUUUAAAAAAUCGAUAUCUGAGCACUCGAGCAUUUGUUGAAUUGGUGAACAUAGAUAAAGAAACUGUUGGACAAAUUUUACAGGAAAAUAUGCAAAUGAAAAGAGUCUGUGAUAAGAUGAUGCAGAAAUGA